CUGGCAACUCUAAGCGUGGGGGAGCGGAGGCGGGGUCGGAGGAGGCCGCGAGCCGAGUGCCAGUUCCCGUGCGUGGGUGGUUUGAAUAGGACCGCAGCACCAAGGUAGGAAUCGAGGCCUGCGAGGACGCGACCGAAGCCGGAGCUGAAAGGAAUCAUCGACAAGCACUGCGAAUAUCCUGCGUUGAGAGCCAUCGCCUGGCCUGUGUUCCACUAACCCGGGAGGAUGGCGACCAAGAAGGGAGCUGCAGCACAAAAAAGACAACAAUACAAAAGUUUCGUGCUUUCCUAUCUGAAACGACAACGAGGUCCCCAAAGGAGGGACCAAAUUCUAAGAGAUAUCAAAGACCAGGAGAAACUCACCAAAGAUGAACGCAACUCUCUUGAUCAAGUAAUAGACUCGAUGAUUGAGAACGCCAUCGUCUCACUGAAGUAUGAUGAGGAACAGCGCGAGUGCAUCGAGCUGUGCGACCUCACAUGCACAAUUACUAAAGAAAAGCGCAAAAAGCCCAAACCGCUUCGCGGAAAGAGCAAGCGGUUCAGACAAGUCAAACUCGAUGGACCGCCCCCGCAAUCGUCGUCAUCAAGCAGCAGCACGAUGUUGUUCUUCGACGACAGCAGCGAUGAGGAAUCGGAUGAGGGCUGAUGCCACCUCGUGGUCAAACAAUGACCCCAAAAGGGCAAGGGGCUGCACAUCAGCUGGACUCCAUCACACUUCCUUUUGUCUUUUCUUUUUUCUGUUGUAGGGGAUAUCUUUUAUUGUUUUUGAACUUUAUUUAUGUAUUU